UUCCACAACACGCCCACUAGAAACGUCAUUAUUAUCACAAGUCAGCCUUGACAUUUCCUGAAAGAAAAACGACUACAUACGGUCCAGCGUGAAGAUACAAGUAUCAUGAGAAACCUCUUGUUUUCGGACGUUAGUUCACGGUUUGCUUUGCUGAGAUUAUAGUCUCAUUAUAUUUUGUCUUUGCGGUUGAGAACAGAGAGGUCCCAUCAAAAUGUCACAGAUGGAGUUCCUCGUCACAAAUGUAGCUGAGCUCCUCACCGCUGCUGUGCAGGAAGUGUUGCAGCUCAUGGGUCAGGCUGUGUUAGAGUAUCAGAAAGAGUCUGCCAGAACACGCCUGGAGAAUCAGAACCUCCAGCAGAAGCUCAAAGAACUCCAGGAGAGGACCACUGGGGAUUCGAAUGAAGUCCUGAAAGUCUCUUUUCCCAUUGACAAGCCAGGGGAGGAUCAUGCGCAGGAAGAUCUCAUUUAUCAUGGAGAAUCAACUGUGAGCAAGCAGCCGGAGCAGCCACAAUGUCUGAGUGACAGUCCUGUUCAUAUAAAGCUGGUUUCAGAUGAGAUUAAUGCAGACAACAAACAUCAUUCUCUGCAAGGACCCUGUGACUACUCUUUAAAGAAGCAAAGACCCCUCUCCAGGGUAAAGAGUAGCCCUCCAAGAAUAAUCCCAAAGCCUUUACCUGGCAGCAGAGACAGUCUGGCAACCAGCAACACUGAGUCACCACUGUGCUCGAACAGAAUCAAAGAGGAAUCUAAACCAGAGCCUCUGAAACGUUCUGGUACAGAAGAGACAGAAGAUGUGACAACACAAGCUCCUGUGGUUCCUAUGCAGGAUGUUCCUCAAGCAAAUGAACACAACCAGCUGCCCGUCUCAUCCUUUUCCAACAACAUUGUCCAUUAUAACCAGCCUAGUAAUUUACUCAAUUCUGCUUCCAAACACAUUCUUAGGUCACGGGUAGAGAAUAUGGUCCAAUCGGGGGGCAUUCACAGCACUCCCAGUGUCAGUGAGAGCAGGGAGAUUUUGCACAGCUGCCACGUGUGCGGCAAGACGUUUGCAACGCCCUCCAGCCUCGGAGCACACUUUGUGUGCCAUUCAAAUGAGAGACCUUUUGUUUGCAAGUGCUGCAAGUUCAGGUUCAGUCGUUUAGCCGAUCUGAAGAAGCACGAGCGCAUUCAUACAGGAGAAAGGCCAUAUAACUGCUCACUCUGUGGACGGAGAUUCAACCGAACAGAGAAUCUCAGAAGACACUUGAGGAAAGUUCAUUAUGGAGCAGUGCUGUGAGCUGAAAAUUCACAGCAUUUAUCUUAGCAUGUUGACUUUGGAUCAUUCAACAAAAUCAUUGCUUAUUCACAUCUCAAAAUUAAAGAGUUACUCAGUCCACUGAGACUGUUUUCUCCCACUUUUAAUAUAUGUUGCCAGCGGUUUCCAUCAAAUUGCGUUAAAAUAAAUAUGAGUCAAUAUCCGUGA